CCCGUUAUGGAGCAUGCGCAGUCCUCCUGCCGUCCCGCCCCUCCCUUUCCAGAGCCCCCCGUUCCUUAGAAACCAGGCGGCGCGUUCCCGGUGGCGGCGCCCUGGACUCCCGGGCCCGCGCAUCCCCGCCAGCCUUCCUUAAGGCGGAUGGGUGGCCGCCGAGACCCCGCCGGACCCAUGGUUUCCAGUGCAGCGCGGAGUGGGCGAUGCCAGCGUGCCAGGAGCCAUGUCUGACCAGGACGUUUGGAAGAUCAUAUCCAUGCCAGAGGCUCUUGUGAGGAGAUGAGUUGGUAAAGAGAGAGGCUGGGAUGAAGAUGCUGCCAGGAGUGGGCGUGUUUGGGACUGGCAGCUCCGCCCGAGUUCUGGUCCCACUGCUGAGGGCAGAAGGGUUCACUGUUGAGGCCCUGUGGGGGAAGACUGAGGAGGAGGCGAAGCAGCUUGCUGAGGAGAUGAACAUCGCCUUCUACACCAGCCGGACUGAUGACAUCUUGCUGCAUCAAGAUGUGGAUCUGGUGUGCAUCAGCAUCCCCCCUCCACUCACCCGGCAGAUAUCCGUGAAGGCUCUAGGUAUUGGGAAGAAUGUGGUUUGCGAGAAGGCAGCAACAUCGGUGGAUGCCUUCCGGAUGGUGACAGCCUCGCGCUACUACCCGCAGCUCAUGAGCCUGGUAGGGAAUGUGCUGCGCUUCCUGCCUGCCUUCGUGCUCAUGAAACAGCUGAUUUCGGAGCACUAUGUGGGAGCGGUGAUGAUCUGCGAUGCCCGCAUCUACUCAGGCAGCCUGCUGAGCCCCAGCUAUGGCUGGAUCUGUGAUGAGCUCAUGGGCGGCGGGGGCCUGCACACCAUGGGGACCUACAUUGUGGACCUGCUGACCCACCUGACCGGCCGGAGAGCCGAGAAGGUGCAUGGGCUGCUCAAGACAUUCGUGAGGCAGAACGCUGCCAUCCGUGGCAUCCGGCACGUCACCAGCGAUGACUUCUGUUUCUUCCAGAUGCUCAUGGGUGGGGGUGUGUGUAGCACAGUGACACUGAACUUCAACAUGCCAGGCGCCUUUGUGCAUGAAGUCAUGGUGGUAGGCUCUGCAGGACGCCUCGUCGCCCGGGGAGCCGACCUCUAUGGGCAGAAGAACUCUGCCACGCAAGAGGAGCUGCUCUUGAGGGACUCGCUGGCAGUGGGCGCAGGACUGCCUGAGCAGGGGCCCCAGGAUGUCCCGCUGCUGUACCUGAAGGGCAUGGUCUACAUGGUGCAGGCCUUGCGCCAGUCCUUCCAGGGGCAGGGCGACCGCCGCACCUGGGACCGCACCCCUGUCUCCAUGGCCGCCUCCUUCGAGGAUGGGCUGUACAUGCAGAGCGUGGUGGAUGCCAUCAAGAGGUCGAGCCGAUCCGGGGAGUGGGAGGCUGUGGAGGUGCUGACGGAGGAGCCCGACACCAACCAGAACCUGUGCGAGGCACUUCAGCGGAACAACCUAUGAGCCUGCACCUGGGCUCCUUGCCACAGGGCAGAGGGACCAGGGAGGGGAACAGGAGCCAGACAUGACAGGGACUUGGCCCUAGCAGAGACAGUGUCUUUCAUUUAAUGAGUCUGGGUGAAGCCAGAGGUGGCUCUGGGACUUCGCCCCCUCCAGUGGCUCACCUGCUCCUCAGACUUGCAGGGUGGCAAAUGUUCCUGUUGCCAGGUUACCACGGUGUGCACAGGGCAGAGCUGCCGCCAGGCCUCCUCAUGGUGAUGCCAGUGAGUCGGACCAGGAAAGGCUCACCCUGGGGAGCCCUUCAGCUUGAUCCGCAGUCCUAACAGGGUGAGAAAGCACAAGAGGGGCCAGCUCGGCUGAGGCCUGAGGAGAAAUGAUGAGAAGUUUUGUUUCCUUCUUGGGCUGGGGCAUCUCAGGAACAGUGAGGACAACAAGCUGUCCCUCAGGGACCCUCACCUGCCCUCCCAUGUGACCAGGCCCUUCCCAGGUGGGGACUGGGGCUUGCUUUAUUAAGUGAGCUCUUGGGCUUUUGAAGUAGGACAGAGGGCCCUGGUUUGGCAGAGAGGAGGCAAGGGAGGGCUUUAGAACAUCUGAGAAAUGUUAAUAAAUAAUUCAGAAAAUA